AUGAACAAUGAGAUAUGUGAAUGUUGUUCUGAGAAUGAUAUCAGAUGGAGUUGGGAGGACGUCAAAUAUAAAGAUUAUAAAUGGUAUAAAUACUGUGAUGAAGUUGGUGAAAAUAAUGAACGAUAUAGGAAUCGAACUACUCAUAAUUCGCAAGACUGCCAAUAUAAACUAUCGGAAUUAAGUACUACGGACUGGACGAAUAAAUUGUCAAAAUCAAAUGAAGAAUGGAAUAUGGAAAAGUGA